GUUUCACUUUUAUAUGAGAAACAUUCGAGGCACAAGUCAUUCACGUUGUUACCUAAAAGCAGUUCAUUUCAAUAGUCAAAGCUGUAAAAACUUGAUAUCUUUUUGGUUGUUUGUUUAAUCUAGCAACACUUCACUUUUGACUCGUUUGAUUGUUUUUUUUCUCUCACCACAUUGACAAUAAUUUGAUUGAUCGUUCGAUAAUUUGUCAGUAUAAUCAAGCACAGUGCUACUAAUGAACAAGUAUUUCAUUUUGACACCAUGGAUUCAAUCAAAUCACGACCAUCUAAAAACUUGAAUCGCUUCCUUGCACCAUUGUUGAUCUUAUUGGACACAAAUCACUCGGUCUUUUUGAAUGAUAACUUUUUUUCAGUGUGAUUUACCAAUAAAUACAAUUUUUCAUCAAAAAUCAUCGCUUCUCUUUUCACCAUUUCAUCACUAUCAUCAGAUUUUUUGCUUCUAAAAAGUUCCUCAUUGUUUACUUCAUUAAACAUUCACAACUACCAUCAACAGCUUUAAGUGUAUCUUCAUCAAUCAUAAUGCUUUCUUUAAAACCUAAACAAAUCAACAUUUUAACCGUUAAAACAUUUAUUCUUUUAAUUACACUUUAUCUAGGUAAAACUGUCCAUGGUUUAAGGAUAAAUAAACUUGAGGUUCCAUCCUCAGUUCCAAAUGGAACCAGCAUUGUGUUAUAUUGUGAUUAUGAUUUAGAAGGUCUUGGACUUUAUUCAGUUAAAUGGUAUAAGAAUUACGUUGAAUUUUUUCGCUACAUUCCUUCAGAGGAUGAAAAAGUAGCUACAUUUAAACUCGAUGGUGCCUAUGUUGAUAUUGAUGCAUCCAAUGCAACCCAUGUAGCCUUGGCGAGGACCGAUUUAAACUCCGAAGGAUCAUAUGCUUGUGAAGUAUCAACAGAUCAAAUGUACACCACAAUUAGAGCAGAAAGACAAAUGAAAAUCUAUGUUCUGUCCGAUGAAAAGAUAACCAUUGAAGGAAAGGAAUCGGAAUAUGAUGUUAACCGUGAUAUUAAUUUAACUUGUAUUUCUGGUCCAACCAAGCCAGCCGCACGAUUAGUUUGGUACAUAAAUGAUCGAAGGGCUGAAGCUCAUCAAAUGGUGAUCCAACCAGUGUUCAACACUUCAAACGGACUGUUUGUUACUCGAUUAGGUCUAGUCUUCCAUGCUGAUCGUCGAUUUUUUAUUCGAGGUUUACUCAAGUUACAGUGUACAGCCGGUGUUAUACUUACAUUCCAAUUUGAAUCCAGUGAGUUUCCACUUGGUGAUGGUUCAAGAAGUAAACCUCAUAAACAGCUUCAUGGAGCUGAGGUUAAAGUUGAAAAAGAAACGCCAAUAAUUACCAAAAAGGAUAAUCACAAAUACAGAGUUGGUGAUACUCUUUACCUUAAUUGUACAUCUCAAUCAAAAGUUGCUCACCUCAUGUGGUUUAUCAAUGAAGAUAAGGCCAAUGCAAGUCAAUUAAAGUCUUUUACUGGACGUAAAACUGGAUCGCCACCAAUUCUUGGACUUAUACUAAACAUUGAACAGCAACACUUUCAACUGCCCGAGUUUAAGGUUAGAUGUGUUGCCACAAUCCAUGAAAGGAUUGUCGAUUAUUAUUCAGAAGAGAUUCAAAUUCGUACAGAAAAUCAAGAAUCUUGGGAAGCCAAAUCAUCUUAUGAUCCAACCUUUGCCAAUUACGCCAAAAAAGUAACGGAGAGUGGCCUUAUCAUGUGGACUCAACUUGUGGCGGUCAUCUUGUAUAGUUGCAAUGUUUACACUUAUUCCUAGCCAAUGUAAACAAAACUGGUUAACCUGAUUCAUCUUUUCAUUUUCAUCUUUCACUUUUUGUCAACCUCUUCAUCAAAGUUAAAAUUUUACAAUAAAAAUUAUGCUUUUUAUUCAACACUAAAUAACUCCAAAAAAAGACCAAAACUUGUAAUAAUACUUUUAAUUGAAAAAUGCUUAGUAAAAUGAAAUAAAAUGUUAAUAGAGUUGAUUAUUGA